UGUCAGUGACGUUAUCAAAACGCUUCCUCAUCGACUGAAAGACCCCGGCACGUUUUACAGGCGCGUAGAGGGCAGCUUGGGGCCUUCUUAGUUGUAUCAAUUCAAACCCACGUGAGAGCCGCUGUGAGCUAGGAUCCCUUUUGACGACGAUGCAGCGGAAGAAGAUAGAUAACCGUAUCAGGGUGCUGAUCGAGAAUGGUGUGGCUGAGAGACAUAGGAGUUUGUUUGUGGUUGUGGGAGACCAUGGAAAGGACCAGGUUGUCAUCCUACAUCACAUGCUGUCUAAAACUUCAGUACGUGCUCGCCCAUCAGUUCUCUGGUGCUACAAGAAAGAGCUGGGCUUCAGCAGCCACAGGAAGAAGAAAAUGAGAAAGCUGCAGAAAAAAAUAAAAAGUGGCUCGUUAAAUGUUAAGGACGAUGAUCCUUUUGAGUUAUUUGUUGCUGCCACAAAUAUCCGAUAUUGUUACUACAAUGAGACCCAUAAAAUCCUGGGAAAUACGUACGGGAUGUGUGUAUUACAGGAUUUUGAGGCGCUUACACCCAACUUGUUGGCGCGUACUGUGGAGACGGUGGAAGGUGGAGGGAUUGUGGUGAUUCUUCUGCGUACCAUGAGUUCCCUUAAGCAGCUGUACACAAUGGCGAUGGACGUGCACUCCCGAUACAGGACAGAAGCUCAUCAGGACGUUGUGGGUCGGUUUAAUGAGAGGUUCAUUCUGUCUCUGGCUUCCUGUAAAACGUGCAUGGUAAUAGACGAUCAGCUGAGCAUCCUACCUAUCUCAAGUCACAUCGCCAACAUUAAACCACUCCCACCUAAGACGCAGGAGCUCAGCUUGUCCCCUGAGGAGCAGGAGCUGCAGGAUGUGAAACUGAGUCUUCAGGACACUCAGCCCGUUGGGGUCUUGGUUGAAAACUGCAAAACCUUAGACCAGGCUAAAGCGUUGCUGAAGUUUGUUGAGGCUGUGUCUGAGAAGACUCUGCGCAGUACGGUGGCCCUGACAGCAGCCCGAGGUCGUGGGAAGUCUGCUGCCCUUGGGCUGGCGAUAGCUGGGGCUGUGGCGUUUGGGUACUCAAACAUAUUUGUGACCUCCCCGAGCCCGGACAACUUACACACGUUAUUUGAGUUUAUCUUUAAAGGAUUUGAUGCUCUGCAGUAUCAGGAACACUUGGAUUAUGAAGUUAUCCAGUCUCUGAAUCCAGAGUUUGAGAAAGCUGUAGUGCGAGUCAACGUGUUCAAGGAGCACAGGCAGACCAUCCAGUACAUUCAUCCCGCUGAUGCCGUCAAGCUGGGUCAGGCCGAGCUGCUGGUGAUUGAUGAAGCUGCUGCAAUUCCACUGCCCCUUGUGAAGAGUCUCCUGGGCCCCUACCUGGUUUUUAUGGCUUCCACUAUUAAUGGGUAUGAGGGUACCGGUCGCUCUCUGUCUUUGAAGCUGAUCCAACAGCUCCGGCAGCAGAGUGCAGACAGCCAGAUUACGGUUACUGCAGAGAAUAAAUCUACCACUACCAGCCGGCUGGCAUCAGCCCGCACACUGCAUGAGAUUUCACUGCAAGAGUCGAUCCGAUACGCCCCAGGAGAUCCUGUAGAGAAAUGGCUCAAUGAACUUCUGUGUCUGGACUGUAUGAACAUCAGCAGAAUUAUCUCUGGGUGCCCUCUGCCUGAGACAUGUGACCUGUACUAUGUGAACCGUGACACACUGUUUUGCUACCACAGAGCAUCUGAAUCCUUCUUGCAGCGGCUGGUGGGAUUGUAUGUGUCUUCUCAUUACAAGAAUUCGCCAAACGAUCUUCAGAUGCUCUCUGAUGCACCCGCUCACCACCUCUUCUGCCUGUUGCCCCCAGUUCCUCCUACCCAGAAUUCCCUUCCUGAAGUUCUAGCUGUGAUCCAGGUUUGUUUAGAAGGAGAGAUUUCCCGUCAGUCCAUCAUGAACAGUCUGUCUCGUGGUAAGAAGGCUUCGGGUGAUCUGAUUCCAUGGACGGUGUCUGAACAGUUUCAAGACCCAGAUUUCGGCAGCCUCUCUGGAGGAAGAGUUGUGCGGAUAGCAGUACAUCCUGAUUACCAAGGAAUGGGUUAUGGAAGUCGUGCGCUACGCUUGCUGCAGAUGUAUUACGAGGGGCAGUUUCUAUGUCUAGAGGAAAGUGUGACUCACAAGCCUCAGGAGAUCACCUCAGUCAGCAGUGAGGCUGUGAGUCUCUUGGAGGAGUCAGUUUCUCCACGGAAGGACCUGCCUCCCCUUCUUCUCAGACUUAGUGAGAGGCCAGCAGAGAAACUGGAUUAUCUUGGGGUGUCCUACGGUUUAACACCAAAGCUGCUUAAGUUUUGGAAGCGAGCAGGCUUUGUUCCUGUUUACCUGCGGCAAACUCCGAAUGACCUCACCGGGGAGCACUCGUGCAUCAUGCUCAAGACUCUACACGAUGAAGAGGAAAAUGAGCAGGAGCCCUGGCUGGUGGCAUUUUGGAAGGAUUUCCGGAGGAGGUUCCUUUCUCUUCUCUCCUAUCAGUUUAGAAGUUUCUCACCCUCUCUGGCUCUCAACAUUCUUCAGAAUCGCAAUAUCAAGAGUGAAUUACAGAACUUGAUCCUGCGCUCCGAGCUGGAAAGUGCAUUAACCCCGUAUGAUCUGAAGCGCUUAGAGAUGUAUUCUCGGAAUAUGGUUGAUUAUCACCUUGUUAUGGACCUGAUCCCAGCUCUUGCUCACAUGUUCUUCCUGCAGCGACUGGGAAGUCUCAGUCUGUCAGCAGCUCAAUCCGCGCUCCUGUUGGGUAUCGGGUUGCAGCACAAAUCUGUGGAUCAUCUUGAGAAGGAGAUUGAGUUGCCGGCAUCUCAGCUGAUGGGACUCUUUAACCGCAUAAUACGCAAAAUGGUCCAGACUAAUAUACAGAUACACUCUGAUCUCUUGCACAUGCUCAGUAUGAGCUGGUGCCUCAAAGUUGACAAGAAACGGAAACUAGAGCCGUCACACCAAGCUGGGCCAAAGGAACAGAAAAAGCUGAAAAAGCAAAAGGACAAAAAGCAGAAGUGGAAUAAGUGAGCGUCUGAGGGGUCAAUAUGGCGCCCACCAUCAUGCUCACAAGCCUGUCAGAGAGAUAAGAUCUGGAAGAGAAGCUAAUACUGGCUGCUGGGCGAUAUUUGCAUUUCCCUGGGACAUGUGGGGACCAACUGUUCAUAGCUCUGUCCUGGCACAUCUACUGAAGUGAUUUCUCUGUGUAUGUGUGUGUAUGUAUGUAUGUAUGUAUGUAUAUAUAUAUAUAUAUAUAUAUAUAUAUAUAUAUAUA